AUGGCAUUCCUUGACGUGCAGAACACAGCAUUUGCAGGCCUCAUCGCCGGCGAGCCGGGCCCAGAGACUGCAGGUUACGUCGCGGCCCGGGCAGGACUCGAACAGCUUCAGAAGGGCGAGCCAGCGGCAGAUAUCGCAACCAACGUCAUACAAGUCCCCGGCAAGUGCGGCCCGACGGCCGUGACCAUUGUAAGGCAAAAGUCGCUGGCUGGGAAGAAGGUGCCGAUAGUCUACUACCUCCACGGCGGCGGGUGGGUCCUUGGCAGUCCCACCGUCUAUGCGGCGCAGCUGGAAGACCUCGCAAGAGAAACAGGAGCGGCGAUCGCGUUUCCUUACUACACACCCGCGCCGGAUCAGCAGUUCCCGUUCCAGUUCGAGCAGACUUAUGAGGCCUUGCACCACCUGGUCACCCACGGAGACGACUAUGACCUCUUGACCAGCUCGAUUGCUCUGGCGGGCGACAGUGUAGGAGGACACUUUACCAUCGCGCUUAUGCAGAUGGCCCUGGAGCGCAGCCUCCCGGCUACUGUUGCGCAUAUCGUCAUGUUCUACCCGGUCACGGAUACCCACAAGAAGCUUCCUUCGUAUGAGAAGUACAAGGACGGCCCCUUCCUUACGGAGGCGAGCAUGGACUGGAUGAUUGACGCAUUCCUACCAAACAAGGAGGACAGGGAACUGCCAUUGACCUCGCCACUCACGUUCCUGGCGGACAGCGUGCUGGCCCAGUUCCCGCCAACAACCGUCAUCCUUUCUGGAUCCGACGUCCUGCUGGACGAAGGUCUGGCAUUCGGGGAGAGGCUAUGCAAAGCAGGUGUGGAUACAUCUGUGGUCAGAGCAGAGGGCACAAUGCACGCAUUCCUGACUCUGAAGCCAAUCCGUGAGUCCCCGAUAGCACGCGCGAUGACGCAAUUCACUGCUGCCAGGCUAUGCAGAGCUCUGGGUUGUUCGCCUGCGAAGGUAUAAAGUCAAUGGCGGUGUUAGGGUACAGUUAGCUUC